AUGCCAAUAGAAAGUGGAAGUUGUGCAGCUGCUCGCCAGGCAAAGCAGAAACGUAAAUCCCACAGCCUUUCCAUCCGAAGAACCAACAGCUCCGAGCAGGAACGGGCAGGACUGCAGAGAGACAUGUUGGAAGGGCAGGAUUCUAAACUACCAUCUGCUAUCCGGAAUACACUCCUUGAACUUUUUGGACAAAUAGAACGUGAAUUUGAAAACCUGUAUAUUGAGAAUUUGGAAUUGCGUAGAGAGAUCGAUACACUGAAUGAGCGUUUAGCAGGUGAAGGACAGACAAUUGAUGGAGCUGAACUGAGCAAAGGACAACUGAAAACAAAAGCCAGUCAUAGUACCAGUCAGCUUUCUCAGAAAUUAAAGACAACUUACAAGGCAUCUACUAGCAAGAUUGUAUCCAGUUUUAAAACUACAACAUCAAGGGCAAUCUGUCAACUGGUAAAGGAAUAUGUUGGCCACAGGGAUGGUAUUUGGGAUGUCAGUGUCGCGAAAACUCAGCCAGUGGUGUUGGGAACUGCAUCUGCUGAUCACACUGCUUUGCUGUGGAGCAUAGAGACAGGGAAGUGCCUUGUCAAGUAUGUAGGGCAUGUUGGAUCAGUAAACUCCAUAAAGUUUCAUCCCACUGAGCAAGUGGCUCUCACAGCAUCUGGAGACCAGACAGCUCACAUCUGGAGAUACAUAGUACAGUUGCCUACACCUCAGCCAACUGCAGACUGCAAUCAGCAAGUGUCUGGAGAAGACGAAGUUGAGUUCUCAGAUAAAGAUGAACCUGAUGGAGACGGAGAUGGCUCUAGUGAUUGCCCCACUGUCAGAGCCCCUUUAACCUCACUGAAAAGCCAUCAAGGAGUGGUCAUAGCAGCUGACUGGCUUGUUGGGGGGAAGCAAGCUGUGACAGCAUCGUGGGACAGGACAGCAAAUCUGUAUGAUAUAGAGACGUCCGAACUUGUCCAUUCUCUUACAGGGCACGACCAAGAGCUCACACAUUGUUGUACACAUCCCACCCAGCGUCUUGUGGUGACGUCGUCGCGUGACACGACCUUCCGUCUGUGGGAUUUCAGAGAUCCUUCUAUCCAUUCUGUGAAUGUCUUUCAGGGCCACACAGAGUAAGUGACAGUUCCUUCACAG